AUGACCUCCUCCUCAAGCGCCGCGGCGGCUUCCCUUCUCCGCCGGCAACUGAAGGAGAUGCAACGAAGCAAGGACAUCCCUGGAAUUUCCUGCGGCCUUGUCAACGAUAACAACAUCUUUGAGUGGGAGGUUAUGCUUAUGAUCAAUGACGACUGCAAAUACUACGGCGGGGGCAAUUUUCGAGCCCACCUCAACUUCCCCAGCAACUACCCGCUCAGCCCUCCCUCGAUGACCUUCCAACAACCCAUCCCCUUCCACCCCAACAUCUACGCCGACGGCAAGCUCUGCAUCUCCAUCCUGCACCCUCCCGGCGAGGACCUCUACGGCUACGAAUCCGCCUCCGAGCGCUGGAGUCCCGUCCAGACCCCCGAGACAAUCCUGCUCAGCGUCAUUUCGCUUUUCUAUUCUCCAAACGACGAGUCACCCGCCAACGUUGAGGCGGCGAGGCUAUUCAGGGAGGAGAGGGAUGGCAAGCAUAAAGAAUUCAGGAAGAGGUGUAGGAAGUGUGUUAGGGAGAGUCUUGGAGAAGAUUGA